AUGAGCAGUCCACGGCCGUCCACGUCCUCAACAUCCUCCGAUUCGGGUCUCUCCGUCGAUACCACCGCCUACCCCGAAGAAUCCAAGUACACUUCAACCGCCCCCGGCGCCGGUGGACUGUCCGAUGAGAAUAGAUACCGAGAUGUAGAAGAGGGAGAAGCAGGGGCAGACGAGCCGUUCCUCCCUUCGGCAAAGAAGCAAGCUGCCUCCGGAAGCCGCACGUCUCGUCUGAUUUGGGGCCUGGUGAUACUCUGCGUCGCCGGUUGGCUUUGGGGCCUGGUGUUGUUUGUGACUCAAAAUCGCUCGGCCCAGCAGUCAGUUUCCGAAGCGCUGCAAUCGCACGAGUCGGGUGCGAUCUCCGGGAGUUCGAGUUCUGGAAAACCGGUUACGCUGGAGCAGGUGCUUACGGGACAGUGGCUUCCUCGGUCCCAUGCUGUUUCUUGGAUUGCAGGACCUAAUGGCGAGGAUGGUCUUUUGGUGGAGCAAGGAGAGGAUCAGGGCAAGGGAUAUUUGCGGGUCGACGACAUUCGGAGUCGCAAAGGCGAUGCGACUAGCCAGGAAAGCAGGGUGCUGAUGGAAAAGGCAAUUGUGCAAGUGGAUGGACGGACGAUCUUCCCGGUCUCAACAUGGCCGAGCCCAAACUUGAACAAGGUGCUGCUUUUGUCCGAGCGCGAGAAGAACUGGAGACACUCUUUCACUGGGAAAUACUGGAUCUUCGAUGUGGCUACCCAAACCGCACAGCCGCUUGACCCAAGUAAUCCUGAUGGACGCGUGCAGCUCGCAAUCUGGUCGCCAACCUCAGAUAUGGUCGCCUUCGUGAGGGACAACAACCUGUACUUGCGCAAAUUGUCCUCGAAAGAGGUGGUUCCUAUUACAAAAGACGGCGGUGCGGAUCUUUUCUACGGCAUUCCCGAUUGGGUCUAUGAGGAAGAGGUCUUCUCGGGCAAUAGCGUAACAUGGUGGUCGGGAGACGGGAAAUACGUGGCUUUCCUGCGAACCAACGAGACGGCUGUCCCUGAAUUUCCCGUCCAGUACUACCUGUCACGGCCAUCUGGCAAGCGACCUCCCCCGGGACUAGAGGAUUACCCAGAAGUCAGGGAGAUCAAGUACCCCAAGGCUGGCGCUCCCAACCCCGUUGUCAGUCUACAGUUUUACGACGUUGAGAAACAAGAAGUCUUCUCGAUCGAAGCACCGGAUAAUUUCGAGGAUGACGAUCGCAUCAUCAUCGAGAUCGUGUGGGGCACCGAAGGGAAGAUCCUUGUGCGCGCAACCAACCGAGAAAGCGAUGUCCUGAAGGUGUUCUUGUUCGACACGAAAGCCAGAACUAGCAAGCUUGUACGUGUUGAGAAUGUCGCUGAUAUCGACGGUGGCUGGGUAGAGCCUACGCAGUACACAUGGUUCAUCCCAGCAGAUCCCAGCAAUGGCCGCCCUCAUGAUGGAUAUCUCGAUACUGUGAUCCACGAGGGCUACGAGCACCUGGGUUACUUCACGCCCCUGGACAACUCAGAACCCAUUCUCCUCACUCAGGGCGAGUGGGAAGUAGUGGACGCGCCCACCGCCGUGGACUUGCGCAAAGGCAUCGUGUACUUCAUCUCUACAAAGGAAUCCCCCACUGAGCGGCACCUCUACCAGGUGAACCUAGACGGAUCCAACCUCAAGCCUCUAACAGACACCUCCAAGCCCGGCUACUACGACGUAUCUUUCUCCCACGGAACCGGCUACGCCCUUCUCAGCUACCGAGGUCCUUCCAUCCCAUGGCAAGCGAUCGUCAACACCGAGACCGACGAGCUGAAGUAUGAGGAGACCAUCGAAGACAACGCCGGCCUGGCACGUAUGGUUGACUCAUACGCCCUUCCCACUGAGAUCUACCAAAACGUGACAAUCGACGGCUUCACCCUACAAGUCGUCGAGCGCCGUCCCCCACACUUCAACCCAGCCAAGAAGUACCCGGUCCUCUUCUACCUCUACAACGGCCCACGCUCCCAAACCGUCGACCGCAAAUUCAACAUCGACUUCCAAUCCUACGUCGCCUCGAGCCUCGGCUACAUCGUCGUGACCGUUGACGGCCGCGGCACUGGUUUCUCUGGCCGCAAAACCCGCUGCAUCGUCCGCGGCAACCUAGGCUACUACGAAGCCUACGACCAAAUCACCACGGCGAAGCUCUGGGGCGAGAAGCCUUAUGUCGAUGAAACCCGCAUGUCCAUCUGGGGCUGGAGUUACGGCGGAUUUAUGACACUCAAGACAUUGGAACAAGAUGCCGGGCAGACCUUCCAAUACGGCAUGGCCGUAGCCCCUGUGACUGACUGGCGACACUAUGACUCGAUCUACACCGAACGCUACAUGCACACCCCAGCCCACAACCCCAACGGCUACGACAACACAUCCAUCACCGACAUGACCGCGCUCCAACAAACCGUGCGAUUCCUCGUCAUCCACGGCGCCUCGGACGACAACGUCCACAUUCAAAAUACGCUCGUCCUCGUGGAUAAACUGGACCUGGCGGGCGUGCAGAACUACGAUUUGCAUUUCUAUCCAGAUUCAGAUCAUAGUAUCAACUUUCACAAUGCGCAUAGGAUGGUUUAUGAGCGACUAUCGAGCUGGCUCGUCAACGCUUUCAACGAUGAAUGGCAUCGCAUAGCGGAUCCGGUCCCGGAUGACUCGAUGUGGGAGAAGGUGAAGAGGUCGUUGCCGAUGUUGGUGAAAUGA